ACAUGGUCAAGGAAGUGCUGUUAUAUCUGCUCUUUAUAGCUGUCAGCUCGGGAGUACGCGCCGAAGUCAGUUUCGACAAGGCCAAAACAGACAGUUUUAUAAAUGCAGCCCUCGCAUGCCGGAAAGGCAAAAACCCUGGACUUGCGGCGUCAGCGGUCAAGGAUAAUCGGGUGGUUUUCGCGGACGGGUAUGGCGUGGCGGACCUCAAUGACGGCCGGAAAGUCACCAAUAGGACGCUUUUCGGGAUUGCGUCCAUGUCAAAAGCUUUCGCCUCUGCUCUGAUGAUCAAACUCCUCCAUGAGCGGAAUAUGUCGAUUUACACGAAGCCGGGGUCCAUCAUGCCGGAAGGGUUUGCAUACAACACGAGCGAGUUCACGACGUAUGCGACGGUGCGCGACCUGAUGACGCACUGCCUUGGCGUUCCCUCAAACCAGAUGAUGCGCCUCGACGACACGCUCACUCGCAAGGACGCCGCCAGGCGUAUUCGGUACUUCGCGCCGGUGUACAAGUUCCGCAUGCACUACUUAUACAGCAACCUGCAUUACGGGAUCGUGUCGUACCUGUCCGAGCUACUCGGCGGCCAACCCUGGGAGCGGCUCAUUCAACAGCACAUAUACGACCCGCUAGGCAUGCAUGAUUCGGACUUCCUGGCGACGGCGGACCGGAAGUCGAAGGACGUUUCUCAGGGUUACGCGGACGACGAGUUCACAGGGGACUUGGUACCCGUGCCGGAGGAGGUCAACAGGCAGUGGGGCACGUACGCGGGAUCAACGGGACUGAUGAGUUCCUCCGCGGACAUCACCAAGUGGAUGCUGAUGCAGCUAGGUGGCGGGCGGAGCGAGGUGGGCGUGCAGGUGCUGGCUGCGGACGACCUCAGCCUUACCCACUCCCCACAGACGGCCAUCCGCUCCUCCACUGUUGAGAAGAAGUUCCACCAGCCGCUGGCGCCUUUCACAGUCAGCGAGAGCAACUAUGCCUUCGGUUGGAAGACCGGCUUUUACAAAGGUUACAAGAUGUUGCGUCACACGGGGACAACGUUCGGUUACUCUUCGUUGAUCACGUUGCUGCCUGACGUUAACGUGGGCGUGUUUACCACGAUGACGGGAGAAGACGAAAGCUACAUCACCCGCACACUACUACACAGUCACAUUCUGGACAGCCUUCUGGGUGAGGAGCCUUCAAUCAACGAGACGACGGUGUGCACGUUCCCAGAGCCAUGGUACGCCGCCUCCCACUCACUACGUCAUCCAAUCGACCAAUCCCUACCACCCUCGCGCCCCCUAGACGCCUACACCGGCAUCUACCACCACAUAGCGUACGGCAACCUUACUGUCACAGUCAAUACCACCGUCAACCAACUUCAGAUGGUGUACGGUAUUGGCCGAUGGAUCCUGUACCCAAGGAACACCCAUGACUCGUUCACCGGGGAGGCGUUUGGCCUCAUGUACCGCCUCGUGGACCUCAUUUCCGGCGUUCGCUUCCACGUGCACACACACUCCCCAACCACGCUUACCGUGCCGGACUUCGAGUCACGUGAGCCGCCGGUGUUCAUGCGGACCGGAGACGUUCCUCCGAAGGCAGGGGUGUCCAUUGUCGGAUAGAUAUUUGUUUAAAUUAUUAUUUAAAUAAAACAUACUCACAUA